AUGGGUUGUUACCAGGCACGAAAACAGGACAUUGAAAUUUACGGAAAUAAAAAGAUACACGAAUCAACCUUAAAGUCUUUAUUUGAAAGAAACAUUGAGGAAAUUGAGGCGAUUGAUAUUUCUAGCUUAAAAGAGGUUGGCCAUGAUAAUAGACGGUCAAAUGUCCGAAGUACCAGAGGGUUAUCACCAACAGAACUCAGCCUGUCAGCUUUUGGUGAGGAUUAUCAGUUACAAGUAUCUAAGCCGGAAUCCGUGUUACACCCGGAAGUCAAGAUUGUAACCAGGAAUGAAGAUGGCGACCAAGAGUGGAAAGGAGUAAUUCCGGAUUGCUUCUUGGUCGGUCACGUGACUUCACACAACGGAACUGCUUCCCUGUCACAUUGUGAAGGCUUGAAAGGAACACUAACCACGCCAUCUGGAGAUUUUCAAUUGAGAGAGCUACCCAAAGUUCACAACAAAAGACUCCAUUUCUCAGAUGAGGAUACCGUUCUUGUGGUUGGUAGAAUGAGACAGAGAAACAACAUGGGAGGGACAGGUGUUAACGUUAGAGAUGUCAGUCUAUCUGCACUGGAUGACCAAAUAAUAAAACUAAAGGACAAAAACAGAAGACAGACCACCACAAAGGAUGUGGUUGUUGAACUGGCAGUGUAUACAGACAGCAAAUACACAGAAAGACUUCGAUCCAAGGACACUGCAAGGAGAAUUGAACUUAUGAUUGUUAAAUAUAACGGGGUACAGAUGGAAUAUUCUAGAUCGGAUGUUCUCGGCUACAAUGUAAAAAUCCAGAUUAAAUAUUUUGGUUUUUGGGAGAAGGAUCCGUCCUUUUAUUCUACACAUUAUCACCUUGGGAACAUCUUGGAUUCAUUUUGUGAGGGCAUGCGCAAGAGUCCCAUAAAUUACGAUAUCUUCUAUAUGCAUACCGGAGAGACGCACACUAACGUUAAUGGGAAUGCCUUUCAGGCUUCUGCUUGUAAUCCACUUUACCAUUGUGGUAUCGAUAAUUUACCAGUAUUAGCACACGCAGGUACAGCCCACGAGCUAGGACACAGUAUGGGAAUGCGGCAUGACGAUGAAGUAGGAUGUACCGGAAGUGACAGAGGUGUGAUGGGAGGAAAAGGGACAGGCUGGAGUUCCUGCAGUAUCAGAGACUUUGAUAAAUUUCUACAAAGUGAGAAGGGCCAGUGUUUGUUUCGCAAAGAUGUAACCGUCUUUGGUCCCCUCACACCAGCGCUUCCUGGUCAGAUGCACAGUGCAGACGAAUUAUGCGAGAUGCAGUAUGGCCCAAAUUUUCACUUCCGUAAUUUUUACUUUCUUGGGGAUUGCGACGCUUUAUAUAGCUGUGCAGACUUGAACGAAGGAAAUUUAUUUGGACAAAUGAUUACGUCAUCAUCGCACACCCUUAAUGGAAUAUAUUGUGGAACAGGCAAAAUAUGUUUCAAUCGGAGAUGCGCGACAUUUGAAGAGGUCAAAAUGAAACCAGGUGUUGUCAGGCCCGGGGGUUGGGGACAGUGGGCAAAUUGGCAGCCCUGCUCCAGGACUUGUGGGACAGGGUUAACCUACAGGAGGAGAUUCUGCAACAAUCCAAGUCCUUUGAACCAUCCUGGCUGUGAAGGCGGAGAUGACAAUGGAUAUGAAGCCAGGACUUGUAAUCCUGAGCCCUGCCCCAACGACAGUUCCGACAUAAACACGCUUAUAAAUCAGCGGGCGUCUGAAACCUGCAGUAGAUUGUUAAAGAAUAAAGUAUUAGACUCUACAAAGUACACCUCGGUUGGAAGGAAAAUGAACUCUAAUGGGCAUAUGAAAUGCGAGGUGUCAUGUGCUGCGGUGUCGGGAUAUACUACGCCUUCUUUUACAAGGUUUGGCUUAAUGCCCCAAGGUACCCCGUGCGGAGGGCCCGCUGAAAAGAGCUACAGAUGUUUGGACGGCUAUUGUAGGUUUUUUGGUUGUAACGGAGAGCUCAACGGUAUAUAUGACAUCUGCGGUGUUUGUAAAGGAGAUAAUUCUACGUGUAAAGUAAAUGGAGUGUAUACGGAGAGAACAGCACGAGGUACAAGGAAGACAAUUACAGAGAUACCCGCUGGAGCUAUUAACAUACGUUUUUGGUUUGACUGGCUAGGAGUUAUGAGGGAAAACUAUGUAGAAAUGUACAACAAAGAUGGACUGGUAAUUCUGUCCAGCUUUAAACAAUGGAUAUGGGAUACGACAAAGAACCCCACAAAUUUCGCGGGUACAUAUUGGAAUUAUACUUGGUGGCGUCAAGACCUGUACGCUAAAGGGCCCCUCACAGAACCUGUCAUCAUUAAGCACUACAGACAUGGUGACAAGAAUAAUACUGGCAUUAACUAUACGUAUACUGUACCAAAAUCUGCUAAGACUUGUCAAGGACAGUGCGCUAAUGGUGGAACAUUUAACACAAAGAUCUGCUCAUGUGACUGUCCUAGUGGAUUUUAUGGACCGGAGUGCACCAGUCGUUGUAACAUAUACUGCUUCAAUGGUGCAACAGUUGAUCAGUCUAACUGCGCAUGUCAGUGCAAGGAGCACCAGACCGGAAGUCAGUGUAAAUGUGAGACAGGAUACGGCGGCGAAGACUGUAAAACGAAAAUUUAGGAUACACUUUUUGAUAAAGAUACAUGUAUCAUUGAAAAUAAAAGGUAUUUUC